AUCCAGUAGUCCACACCGGGCUCAGAUGAUGGACACUCCUCUAUUCAUCCAGUAGUCUUCUCUGGGCUCAGAUGAUAAACACUCCUAUCCAUCCAGUAGUCCGCACCGGGCUCAGAUGAUGGAUACCCCUCUUUCCAUCCAGUAGUCUUCUCAGGGCUCAGAUGAUGGAUACUCCUCUCUCCAUCCAGUAGUCUUCUCCGGGCUCAGAUGAUGGAUACUCCUCUCUCCAUCCAGUAGUCCGCACCGGGCUCAGAUGAUGGAUACUCCUCUCUCAUCCAGUAAUCCGCACCGGGCUCAGAUGAUGGAUACGCCUCGGGCAUCAAUCAGCCGUACAUCAGAUGGAUUUCCUAGAAGAUUUCCUCGCUGGAGAUGAAGAGAAUCUUUGCUCGUACACGAUGGGGGAUCUGGAGGAAAUUGUUCACCUGUUGUCCAGUCAAGUCCAUUCACACCGAGAGGAACUUCACAAGAUGAAGGACAAGAUACAGGACCUGGAGGCCGAGGCCGCUCAGAGAAGUUUGCGCAGAGACUUCUAUAUCUCCCGUCACUCUCAGGAUCUGCAGGAAGCUUUGGAGGAAGAAGAGAAGAUGCAGCAGCAGCUCCAGGCGACGACGCGUGAAAUGGAAAGAUUAAGUGAAGCGGGGAGCUCAGAGUCCUGUGAAGUCUUGGAAGCUCGACUGAAGGAAUCUGAGGAUCUCUUGUCCACUUAUUGUCAGGAGGAAAAGGCUCUGGUGGAGGAAGUGAGAAUCCUGAAGACGGAUCUGGAGAAGUCACAAUCUGCACUGGAACAGGCGACGGGCGAGCAUCAGACAGUGGAGUCGGAGCUCCUCUCCCUGCAGAAUGGACUCAGCGCCCAGAGUUACCCGGCACAGGGUGAGGCCGCCCGGGUGCUCAGCGCCUGUAUACAGGAGAUGGCCUCCCUAAAUCUUAUACCAGGAAAACGUCUGAAGAGAUGAGGUCAAAUCCCCUCAGAAGUGUCGGUCAUUUUGCGCCAUUGUGUCGGCAUUCUCCUGCGGUCUCCUGGACCUGACUGAUUGGGGUUUUAUUUUUUAUUAAAAAUUUUUUAUUUAUUUCUGUGAUCAGUGAAAAUACACGAAAUGUGAAUCUUGGGACAAAUCUCCUUGUGACCCAGAACCUUCCUGCAGGGGGCGCACAAGGCUAAACAACUUCAUUACAGCUGGAGGCUCCUUCUUAUGAAACACUUGUAUAAUGAAGGAGUUGAUGGUAAAGCUGAUCUUGUCGCUGAUCAUGUGUUAUUGGGAUCAGUCCCUUUCUCUAUCAUCACGGUGUAAAAUGAUGUAUAUAAACGUUUUCCUUGUGUCAUAAAAAUGGACGUCAUAUACUGUAUUGUGUUUACUGCUCCUCCUAUAG